AUUCCCCGAGGGAAGUUCCCCAGCUCGUUGUAAAUCACGCAAAAAUGUACAUUAGUGCGCAAACACUCCAUUUCCUCCCUUUUAACGUGAAAAUGCAGUCGUAGCCCGGGAUCAAGAGCGUUCGGCGAUGUCAAAACAGUAGAUAGCUGUAGGUGUUUUUGGCAGUUUUCGGAUGAAGGACCCAUGACGCUGCAUCCGUAAUGAUACUGAAGGCUCCGGCAUGGACCGAGACAUUGGUGAUAAGCUGAACAAAGCCUUUGAAGCCUAUCGCAGUGCGUCGAUCGAAAAGGACAGUGCCAAAAGGGAACUCCAGCAGAAGACAGAGCAAUUUGAACGGUAUACCCAGCAGCUAAAGAGGAAAAUAGAAGAACAAGAACAACUGAUUUCGGAGCUGAAAGCACAGUUAAAUUCAGCAGCACAGAAUGCUUCAGGGGAAGUGAAGUGUUGCGAGGUGGCACAUCGAAAGCAGGAAACAGAAAGGUUGUCAUCUAGUGACCACUGGCCAGGCAACUCCUGUCCUUUCAUCAGGACUAACCAUGCCCUGAAGGAUGUGAUGGAGUGUGCGCCACUGGUUUCGCCCGGGCUACCUGGAGUCAGUGGAAUGAAGACUGAGGAUGUUCUAGACACUCUUCAGGAAAUCCAAGGGACUUUCCAGAGGAUUCAAACUCUAACAAGACGACAGAAAGAUCAUCUGAAAAGAAUACACAAAGGAAACGACACUGCCAACGACCAACAGUUCUCCAUGCCCAUCCAGUGCACGGACGACACACCCGAACACGCCGAGGCGCCCUUCUCGUCCUCCAGGCCAGAGAUCAACGACCACUUGACCUCUGGCGCGUUGGCGUCCCGUGGCGUCAGCCCGGAGGACACCGACUUUAUGGACGAUGUGAGGUUCCCGCCAUCCACAGACAGUGAAUACGAGUUCCUGAACAGCACCCCAGACAGGACCGUGGCUCUGGUUCUGCCCAGGAAGGGCCUGGCAGAACCGCUUUCCACAGAGACGGAGGGGUCGCUUCCUUUAUACCCGGCCUCUCCAUCUGCGUCGCCAGAGCCGCCCGUCUCGACGUCGCAUGAGGGUGUCCGGGGACCGCAACGGGUGAGAGGCACUUCUGCAUCUGCUUGGGUGCUUAUUCACGAGCCCCUGUGGAGUCCAAAUCUUUCCACUAUAGCAUCUGAGGAGUCGUCCGUGGAUUCUGCUGAGCCAACCAGCCCGAGGCCAUGUGCUUUCUGCAAGGCUACUGUUCCCCUAGACCUCCUCUACAGCCACCUCAAUUCACACUUCCAGGGCGAAUGACACGGCCAGGCGCAGAGGCCACUGGGGGCCCACCGCCAUGCCUUGCUUGCCCCUUUAUUGUUUGUCUCCUGGAGAGAACCAGUGCGGCACAUGGCGGUUAAUUCGGAUUUCACCUAGAGCACGGUGGGAGGAGGCGUCAUUCUGCUCCUUCUUUUAACUUGAGUAACUUCAGAUGGUACAUGCAGACUCUGUACAAACUAAUUAAUCUGUCUGCGUUUGUAGGGUGGGACAUUUGAAUUAGUUUUAAUUGUCUGUAUAAUAAAUAAAUGCUUUCUUUGAUUUUA